AUGGCGGCAGCGACCGGCGCCUCACUGCGCUCUGCCUGCUUCACCUGGGGACACAGCACAUGGUACAACAUCCUGUGGGUACACCCUUCCUCCUCUUCAGUCAAUCCUAUGGUCUCAGGGCUGGAGAGAACCUUGGACAGAGCCUUGGACAAAUCUCCCAUCAGAUCCUCAAAUUCUUUAAGUGACGGUUUCAACGUGUACUUUUUCUGCCUGGAUAUGACUAUAUCCCAUGAAGGAACUCACUGCACAAAUUCUGGGGACAAUGAACUUCUGGAAGUUCUUAAAAUUUUGCAGGAAGUUUACCAGGGACCAGAAGCGAGGUGGCCGGAGCCCUUGCGCAGUGGGAGUGACAGUUACCCGGGCCCGCACUCCCCUGUCCUCCCGGCUCCGGCCGCAGACGCCCCCACGCCGCCAGCCCCGCCACAGAACCGCGGAAAGCUGGCAGGAGAGCACGGGGCCUCCGGAGACCCGGCCGCAGGCCCGUGGGCGCCGCGCCGGCGAGGACGAGGGAGUAAGGCUCCGCGAGGAGGCCGGGCCGCUCCCGCCGACUCCCGGGCUGGGGCCGCCGCCGCCACCCGAGAAAAUGGAGGCAGCCCCGGGGCCGGUGACGGGCCGGGGCAGGGAGGCGGAAGCCGGGCUGGCGUCCGCGCCUCGAAAAGGGUCGGGCCGGGGGUCACUCACGGGGCUGGGCCGGGCGGCUCCCUCUCCGCCUCCGCGUCGUCGCCGUCUCCGUCCUCGGCCGCCGCCGCCUCGGGCUGCUCGCUCGGUCCCCGCGGCGCGGCUUGGGCGCUCGGCCCCUCCGUUGUCUUCCGCCCGCUCCUGCUCCCGGUGACAGGAUCCCGCGGCAGCAGCGGCGGCUGCGCGAGCGGACGGCGGCCCAGGGGCUCCCGCGGCGGCCGCCGCACUGCUGCUCUCGCUCGCUUGCUCCGGCUGCGGCUCUGCUGCGGGGCCCCGCACAGCCUUCGCCCGGCUCCCGAAGUCUCAGUCUCUCCCAGGCCGCGCCGCUCCCCGCUCCCGGCCCGAGCCCGGCUUUGACGUGCGUCUGCGCAGCCGCCGAGGGCGCGACGUCGGGCGGUGCCGCAACGCCCCCUUCGGCCGCGGGCGCCCCCGGGCGGCCGGGCGGACUCGGGGCGUAGGAGUCCGCGCCGAGCCGCAGCGGGAGGGGGAGCAGAGAAAAGCGGAAGCAGAGAACGGGAGUUCCUCUCCUUUCACCUGCAGCUUAGAUGUUGGUGCUCAGCCCGGUCUCGUCAGUCUAAGAACUCUAACCGAAGGAAUCCUACGUCCACUGUCUACGACCACUUCCUGAACUCUUAACAAAGCUCUAUUUCUGCUAAAGGCCGGGGGCUGACUUGUGCAGACUCAUUCCUUCCUACUUUCGAGGGACAGGACAAAAUUGGAAGCACUGGUUAUGAACCCAAGGCUUUGCCUGGAAUAUCAUAUUUGAGAAUGAUGUUCAUUUGAUCAGAAACGACCUGACACUUUUAAAGAACUAAGGUUGAUUUUAUGGAGCCAAUGGUUACAAAGCCUUCUUGAGAAAACUGACCUGGUACUUGUUCACCGAGUUCCCAGCCUUACAGCAUUACCAAGAACUAAAACUUGGCUACCUGGAUCCCUAUCAGCACUUCAGGUUGCCUUGCAGCUGGCCUUUCCCCCCAAAAUCUGAAGAAGCUCUGCAAGCUGUAGCCUAGUGACUUGGCAGCAACCUUUAAGGACCCAGCUCCACAGCAGACCAUGCACAGGCUGGAAUUCUCCCUGGAAAAACUGCUGCUGGACCACUAAGGAAGUCCAACAAAAUACUUGGAUCACACGUGCCCGUGAAUGAAAGGUAGCCAAGACUAUGCACAACAUCACCAAGAGUAUGGCCAUCUUAGCUUUGAGAAACUCAAGGAGUGGUGCUGCAAGAUUUUCUUCCUCUAGAAUCCCCUGGACUGGUGAAUUCUCAAGGUUCAACUCCUGGCUCUUUACCUUAAUACAAUUCUUAUACUAUUAUGUCUCUAUUUUAGGCAUCCCUCUUUUAAGAUAUCUGAUCUCCAGGACCAUAAAACAACUGACCUCUGCCCCACCUCUCAACAGAUGCGCCACCAGUUUUAGAAGAACAACACCAGCAAGAAUGCUGGAGAGACUGUUUCUUAGGCCCUGCUUCAUGCCACUCGGGAGAUUUAUGCUUGCCUCUGAGUUGUUCAGUGACAAAAGAUAGUCAUCUGGAACGGGGAGGCGGGACUGACAUUACUGAGCGUUAUCUGAGCUCUGUGCAACUUCAGCAGUGAUGGUUAAGAAAUCCCCCCUACCCCUUUGUGCCUUGGAAAUGACAAACCAGCUAACCACAAAGGACCACACUGCCCUCAGAGUUUCCAAGGGAAGUCUCAACUCCAUCCUUUCUCAUGACUCCUGUAAGAUUCCAAGAUGACUCCCUUGUUUACCUGCCUCUAUAAAACCCCUGGUCCCCUUCCUUUUCUUUGAGAUGUUCCUCAUCAGUGGAUGUUCUCCUUAUUGCAAUCACCUGAA